CAAAAAAUCACGGGGAGUGACUGUGACAGGAGGAAGGGGACAGAGAGAGAGAGAGAGAGAGCGAGAGAGAGAGAGAGAGAGGGAGCUGAAGAAGCCUUCGCAGGACUUCAUCACAUUUCUUUCAGGACUGCGCGGAUCGGAACGGACCACUAACCGAUCACCAGGCUGGACUGAUAAUCGAUAGCGGUGAUUCAGUGCGAAGUGUCGGAGGAGCAUGCGGCUCAGUUUAGUAUUCAGGCUCUAUGUGCUGUGGGGAUUUGUGGUGGUCACGACCUCCGUGACCAAGGCCGCCAAGAGGAAGGUGGCAGGCCGACGGUCCAGACAGGCGUUUGAGGCGGAGCCUGUGGAGGGGGUGUGGUCUGUUUGGGGGGAGUGGUCUGAGUGCUCUCAGACCUGCGGCUCGGGUGUCUCACAGAGGAGCAGGAAGUGUAUACCUCCUCCGCCCCCUCACACCCCUCCACUCUCCCACUCUCCACCUAACUGGGCAGGUUAUUUACCCGGGGGCAUCGGAGGUCCUGUAAUCUCACCUGUGCGGCCCUACUACCCUCCCCGUUACCCCGGGCAACACUCACCUUAUCACUCCCCUUCCAUCCCCACCAAUCACAACCCGGGAUUGUCGCUGUAUCGAAAUACCAAUGCUGCUGGAGGAGGAGGAGUAGGGGGAGGAGCUGCUCCUGUACCGGGACAGGCCAAUCCAUCAGCUCCUUUCUACCAGCCGGAAUUCCCCCCAACCAAUCAAGACCACGUAUCUGUUUUUCGAUCUCCCUACCACGCUCCUUCACACAGCUACAACCAGCCAUCACGGAUCAUCAGGAGGCCGACCAAUCCUGGAGCAGUAAGGCCUGGAGGAGGUGGGAAUAGAAGGUCGGUCUCGCCCAGUCGGGACGGCGUGCCUGCGAGGAGGUCUUCCAGCAUCCGUCCCGGUCAGUUCGGGUACGGCAGGGUACCGUUCUCUCUGCCUCUGCAUCGUCCCAACCGGCAGGCCCGCCACACUGCCAACGGAACUGACGCUGCAACACCGCCCCCCGGGGAAAACGACCCCGAGACCAACAGGAAAGAGGAAGAAAAGACAGGGAGCGAAACAGAAGACAGCGAGGCGGCGAGGAGCGAGGAUGAGGAGAUCACAGACGCACCUGCUGCCGAGGAGUCGCCCGCGACGACCACCACAACUGGAAGCCCGCCACACCACCGCCACUUCGACAGACCAAAUAUAGAUCACGCGAGAGCAAGAGUGCCGCCUCCUCACACCUUCUCGCGCUCCUCGUCGCCCUCCCACUUGCCCAGCCGCCAUCGAUUUGACUGGCACUCCGUCACCGCGCCGCCUCCUCCAGUCCCUCCUCUCUCCCGCUCAAACUCCCCUGCCGCCGCCUCACCUUUCUCCACUUCUCUGCACCGCCCCAGCCCCGUGCACAGAGACAGAGAGCUUCACCCAGGCUUCAGCCCCCAGGUCCCACAAACCGGCAACGUCUACCCACUCCAGCACCCCCACAUCCCACACAUGGGGGUGGAGUUGGGCAGGGCUGGAGGGCGAGGCGCUCCUCAGGUGUACAGAUGCCCUGGGCCGGAGAAAGAGUACCGCAGGUGCUUCUCACAGGUGUGUGGAGGAGGAGCGCUGGAGUCCAGAGCGGAGCAGUGCGCAGCCUUUAACACCCAGGAGUUCAUGGGUCGCCUCUACAACUGGGAGCCUUUCACCGAGGUUGGUGCAGACAAGCAGUGCGAGCUGACCUGCAGACCCGCCGGCUACCGUUUCUACGUGCGUCAAGCCGAGCGUGUCAGAGACGGGACCCCCUGCGUCAACGUCAGCUCAAAUGACGUGUGUGUAGAAGGACAGUGUCUGACCGAGGGUUGCGAUGGGGUUCUGGGCUCCGGCUCCGUGAUAGACAAGUGUGGGGUGUGUGGUGGGCGGGACAGCUCCUGUCGAAAGGUGACGGGAAGCUUCCAAAAUGUCACCGUUCCCCUCGGUUACCACAAGAUCCUGGACAUCCCAGCCGGAGCUACUUUCAUUAACAUCACAGAGAGACGUGCCAGCCCAAAUUACCUGGCCAUGAGGAGCGGCACUGGGGCUUCAGUGGUGAACGGGCGCUGGGCUGUGGACCCUCCAGGGGACUACCAGGCAGGGGGGACCACUUUCACCUACACCCGACCUAGGGCUCAGGCAGAGGGGGAGGAAGAGAGAGGCGAGUCCCUCAGAGCUCCGGGACCCACCACCACACAGCUGCAGCUAUAUAUCAUUUUCCACAAGGAGAACCCAGGCAUCGACUAUGAGUUUUAUGUCCCUGUGGAGAAGAAGGAGGCAGAGAGGGAGAGGUUGACGGAGCGAGAGUGGGAGACACCCAGAGAGGCACCCAGGGAGAGGCAGAGGGAGCGAGAGCCAGUGAGGGCACCCCUUCGCAGUCCUCUCACCGUCUCAGUAGAAGACCCUCCUCCUGCUCCUCCUCCUAUUUCGCUUCCUUCCUUCCCCUCGUCCUCCUCCUCCUCCUCAUCUGUGUUUUCUCCUCCCUCCUUGGACCGGUGGACACCUGAGAGGUCGCGUCCUCGGGGCGCUGCACCCAACAGGAAUGCUCGGAUCCCCCCUCGCACUGACCUGCCACUGGACACUCAGCCACCAUUCGUGUGGAGACGAGGCGGACUCACUGAGUGUUCUGCUUCCUGUGGCAAAGGUUCUCAGUCCAGAGUCAUUCUCUGUAUAGACCGUCACACAGACGAGGAAGUCCCUGAGAGGAAAUGUGACUCCGCGGCCAAACCUGUCCCUGAGGAGGAGCAUUGUAACACGCAUCCCUGCCCACCAUUCUGGGAGGCCAGUCAGUGGUCGGAGUGCAGCGUGUCCUGUGGCCCCGGGGUGCAGCAGAGGCAGCUCCAGUGCAGGCAGAGCUUUGGGAACCGCUCCACCAUGGUGCACCCGCAGCGCUGCGCCAGCCUCACCCCACCAGACUCCACACAGGCGUGUCAGCUCCGCCUCUGCUCCCACUGGGAGGUCAGCUCUGACUGGAGCACGUGCUCAGUAGACUGUGGAGUCGGGAGGAGGACUAGGAGUGUGCGCUGCGUCAGCGAUCAGGGCAACAUCGUGAACGACAAGGAUUGCAGCUCCCGUGCUCGGCCACUGGGGAGUGAGGAGUGCAACAUGGGGCCAUGUGUAACCAACUGGUACUUCACUAACUGGUCCAACACUUGUUCGGCGCAGUGUGGCCCUGGGGUGCAGAAGAGGGAGGUGGUGUGUCUGACUCGAGGAGGGGUCAGGGAGGGCGGAGGAGGAGGGGACUGUGUCGGGGAUAAACCGGCAGAGAUGAAGGCCUGCAAUAAGGGGCCCUGUGUGGCGUCGACCAUGUGGUAUAGCAGCCCCUGGACGCAGUGUAAUGUCCAGUGUGGGAAUGGAACUCAGCGUCGAGACAUCAUUUGUGUCCAGAAGACGGGGAAUGAUUUCACUGUCGUGCCGGCCACUGAGUGUGCACAUCUGGACAAGCCUGCUGCAGUCCAGGAGUGUGAGAUGGGAGAGUGUGAGCCGCAGUGGUUCACAACGGAGUGGAGCGCGUGUUCACGCUCUUGUGGAAAGGGCUUACAAAUGAGGGAGGUACGGUGUCUGACGCCAGACAAAAAACACAGCCACGAUUGUGAUUUGAGGCCCAAACCUGAACAGGAGCAAAUCUGCAACAUAAUACCCUGCAGUCCACAAGUCUCAGAUGAAAACUGCCGGGACAAACGUCACAACUGUGUGAUGGUGGUUCAGGCCAGGCUGUGCGUCUACUCCUACUACAAGAGCGCCUGUUGUGCCUCGUGCACCCAGAGUGCCCAGCGUGCUAAGAGGCACUGACCAGCACAAAAUCACAGACAGCCCAUGUGUGCAAGAAGUGGAGGAUUAGGUCAAAGGUGCUGAUGACGAGUCUGUUGGACAGGACAGCCCAGAGACGACAUAAUCCCUGCAGAAAGCAUUUAGUUAUUUUCUCCUGAUUCUUCAGGUAAAACACUGUGAAAGCAGCCGGUUCCUUCUUCCAGUUCUCCGUAUACUUUUUUUUAUAUUGUCUUUUAGAACCACAUAUUCCACUGAGCUUGCUUCUGUUUAGCUGUGUAUCAGCUUUAACAGGUUCAUACGCAUGUGUCACGCAGGGCUGAGUGAUGCAUCUGCGACGAUUUCAACUCUUUUCUGUGGCUGAGGGAUUGUAAUGGAAGGUGCGCACAGAGGACACAGCUGUGUUUCAACAGCAGAUUUAGACAUUUUGUUUCUUAAGAUUUUGUCUAAUGUACAGGAUCUUAAAAAACAGAUGUUAUCAGACAUGCAUACCACUAAUUAUGAAAAGGAAUGUGCUCAACAAAUAAUUACCAUGUGUGCUAGAUAAACUGUGUAUGAUGUAGUACUGUGUGUGCUGAAGAUCUACUGGAAUAGAUCUACUUUGUUCCUGAACACUGCAGAGGCAGAUACAACCCAACUAAGCUAGAAGGAUUUCAUUAACAUAUCGUAUGUCGUGUUUUUUCUGUUUGCCAAAAAUAGUGUCCUCUUAUUUAAAGUUCAGUAUUUGGACAGUUGAACCAAAGGUGCUGGUGUUAGUAUGGCAGUAAGUGACCAAAUAUAUCAGAGUGGAAAGAGGUGAGAUUCUUCUCAGACUAGAAGAAUAUUAGACAAAGAGUCUGUACACUAUAUAUAUAUAUAUAUAUAUAUAUAUAUAU